UUCCAAUCCAAGACUACAUAUAUAGACUCCGCUAGUAGAGAGGGAAAUGGAAGCUCUCUAGCUAAGGUGGCUGCUGCGCUGUUGGGGCGAUCGUAUCAGUCAGUUCGGCUAGCUAGGGCUUGGGGAUCCUGAUCGCUUGAUCGAUUGAUUGGAGGCGAAGAUUAGCGAGCGUUCUGAAGUGAUAUAUCGGACACACAAAUCUAUUCCAGUGUUCUCUGAUUAAGAAGUCAAAACAUUGCUACUGUUGGCGUCUGCACUUCAGUCUCCAAGGUCGACUAUGAAACGGGAAGUGAUUGGCAAUCAUGUUGACGAGGAAGGAUCCAUUGGUAUCUAGAGAGGCAUAUUUGAAGAGCCGUGUGGAGGCAACGCAAGUACCUGCAGCUGGCAAAGCUAACAUCAAAACUGAGAUGACAGCCCGCCAGAGUUCAGGCUCGCGUAUGAUGAUGAAACCAAAAUUGCUGCUGUUGCUGCUCUUAGCAUCAGCGGUACCACUUCAUGCAUCAUCAUCAUCACCUUGUGCACCCGAAUCUGACUUCGACUCCAACACCGGCUAUUCAUCAGAAUGGAAGAUCCUCAGGAAGCACAACUUCUCUUCUCAGAUCAGAAUUCACCCCCACAUCCUGCUCCUUGUCACUCUCCCCUGGUCAGGUGAAUCUCGAGCUCUCAUGAGAGAUGUGGCUCUGGCGGUGAAGCGCAGGAAACCUGAAUUCAGCUCCCUUAAGCUGAUGGUCAUGUACAGGACCACAGAGAAGAUGCUGGCAGAUGCUAUUGGUGCCACUGAUGAAAUCACCAUCCUGUACUUUCACCAUUCCAAGUCCUACAAGUAUCAGGGAAGGCUUCGGGCUCAGAAUAUAUUGUCAUCGGUGCAUCCUCAUCUUUUCCUUCCUCCCGAAGAUGUUCCACUAAAACACCUCACAUCCCCACUGGAGCUGAGAGCUUUCCUAGACUCAACUGACAAGGCUUUGCUUCUCCUUGAAUUCUGUGGAUGGACCCCGGAGUUGCAGCGCAGAGGGCGGAAGAAUGUGACUGAACAUGGUUUCAUUGCACAAGGUCUCGGUGGGAAUGCAAAUCCGACUCUGGUACAUGGCUGGAAUGAUGACCAGAAGGGGAUGGACUCGAGUAUGCAGUGCAGCAUUGCAGGUGAAGUCAAUGGAAUUCCCUGGCUUGGGGAAUUUGGGUCAGUGACUGAUGCUGCUUCUUGGGGUUCAGAGGAAGCUAGACUUAAUACUGGAUACUCAUGUAACUUUCAGGAGUUCCAGCUGUUUGAGUCUUUCUUUUUGACCUUCAUGACAGUAGCGAGAGAGUUAUUUCUGCCGCCUGAGAGGCAUAGAUUUGGUCUAGUAGCAGAGAGAUCCUUGCUUCCCUUUCUUGGCGUAGAAGAACCCAAGUCAUGGUCAUUAAUGAUACAUUAUGCCGGAUGCCCCAGCUGUUCAAAGAUGCUGAGAGAAGUUGAUGACUUCAAGAGUUCCAUGCAGAUUGAUAACUCCAUUGUUGCUGAACUGGAAGGCAGUGGCCAUACUCAAGAACCUGCUUUACCUGCAAAUAAGGCGUCAAUGCUUCUAUUUGUGGACAGGUCAUCAGAAUUAUCAGAAGACAGGGUAAAAAGUAGGGAAGCUCUUAAUGCCCUAAGAGAUUUAGCAUGGCAUUUGCAGAUCUCUUAUCAUGGCAAAAAGCAUGGCAAACUGGGAAGUUUUGCAGCUCUGUCACAUCAAUCACAGGAAAGCAGCUUUAGGCGCCCCAAUGUGAAGCAAUCUGCAUUAUCUCAAAAUUUUAAGACAAAGGAUAAGAUGUCCAUAACGAUUAUAAAUGAAGAGAAGGAAAAGCAUGUCAGUUUAGACACAGGUUCACACAAGAAUUCCUUGCAUGAGAUCUUGGAACAUCUUCAGCAAACGAAGGAAGGCAAAUUGAGUUUGCUUGCGAAGAAGGUAGGUUUCCAGCUUCUCUCUGAUGAUCUUGAGAUUAAAAUAGCUAGUCUGUCCUCAAACAGAGAAGAUCAGCCUAUUCAAGCUCCACCGCAACUUUCCCAGGAAGGUCCUACCAGUGACAUUCAUCAGCAUGAAGAACAAGUGCUGAAUGGGCGUACUGCAUUUUCUGCGCAGAAUGGGGACACAUCUGCUACUGUGGAUGAGGAAAAGUCAAAACUCAUGGAUCCUGAACCUUCUCAAUAUGAUGAAGAGAGGGGAAGCUCUUUGGGUAGAAGCAAAAAGAUGGCAUUUGCAGAAUCAGGACGGUUUACUGCAAAGGGGGCAUGUGUUAAUUCUGAGGAUUCCAUUCUGGAGAAGACAUAUUCAUUAAAGGUAGACAAGUUGAAAGACAAAGAACUUCACAUUGAAGGUUUUAGAGGUUCCUUCCAUUUUUGUGAUGGAGACUACAGGUUACUCAGGACAUUGACUGGUGAUUCGAAGAUUCCAUCUUUGGUGAUAGUUGAUCCCGUUCUACAACAACAUUAUAUUUACCCUGCUCAGAAAAAAUUUACUUUUGCUGCACUGGCUCAAUUCCUGAGAGGAUAUCUUAAUGCAAGCUUGCUCCCAUAUCAACAGUCCGAAUCUACUCUUCCCAUCCCAAAGGAAGUGACUCGUCCGCCAUUUGUAAAUUUGGAUUUUUAUGAGGCAGAUCCUAUCCCAAAAAUCACUGCAAGAAGUAUAUCUGAAAUGAUUUUUGGUAUUAAUCAAUCUCUGGUUGAGAGUGUCAGCCCUCAUCCACAGAAGGAUGUCUUCGUUCUAUUCAGCAAUAAUUGGUGUGGCUUUUGCCAGCGAAUGGAACUAGUGGUGCGCGAAGUUCAUCGGGCUUUGAAGGGCUAUAUGAAAAUACUAGAGACUGGAUUCGAGUAUGAGAAAAUGCCCUUUAUCAGAGACAGCUUGGAAAAUAUCUCAGUGAAGCUCCCAUUCAUCUACUUGUUGGAUUGCACGAUCAAUGAUUGCAGUUUUAUAUUCAAGACAAUAAAGAAGGGAUCAGCAAUGAACUCAUUGGGCGAAGUUUAUCCUGCUCUGGUGCUUUUUCCAGCAGGGAGUAGGACUCCCAUCUCUUAUGAAGGGGAGACUGCGGUAUCUUCUGUUAUCAACUUUAUGGCUGAACACGGAAGCAAUAUCCGUCAUCUCAUCAAUGAGAAUGGAAUCCUGUGGACUCGAGCGGGAAAAGAAGGCAGUGGGAGUCGAACAUAUUUCGAUCACAGAUCAGCUGAUGCAGUUCGUAUUGAAAAUCCUACUCUGAAGGACAGAUUCCAUGAAGUCAUAGCAAACGCAAUUCCAGAAAGAAUAUCUAGUCACAAGCAUGGAGCUGAGUCUGUUGACUCAAAGGGAGUUCAAGAAGUGGGAGCAGCACAAAAUGUGGUUGUCGGUACGAUCCUUGCUGCUACCAAGAAUCUUGCUGGGGCCCACCACUUUGAUGAGUCCAUGAUUCUUAUUGUGAAAGCUGACAGGGAGGCAGGGUUUCAGGGUUUGAUAAUCAACAAGCAUAUUAGCUGGGACUCUCUGCGUGAACUGGAUGGAGGAUCCGAGGUGCUCAGAGAGGCACAUCUAUCGUUUGGUGGGCCCCUUGCAGUGCGCGGAUUACCCCUUGUUGCUUUAACUCGAAGAGCUGCUAAGGAUCAGUUCCCGGAAGUACUUCCUGGUAUCUACUUUGUCGAUCAGUUUGGAACUGUUGGAGAAAUUGAGGAGCUCAAGUCGGGAACAGCCAGAUCUGUUACCGACUAUUGGUUUUUCUUGGGAUAUGUGAGCUGGAGUUGGGAUCAGCUCUUCGAUGAGAUUGCGGAAGGAUCUUGGGCGAUGAGCAGGGAUGAUGAUUUGGAGUGGCCGAGUGGGUAGGUAGUAAAUCACUGCCCUGCACUGCUCUCCUCUUGUGAUCUUUGUAAUACCUACGUGCUUGACAAUAAUGAAUGGCACAAGCCCGCAUCUGAUGGAGGAAUCUGAAAGAAGCUGCCAAGGGGAGAGCUCAGCAUUACAUUUUUAGAAUGUUUAACAACUUUUGUUGCUUUUUGCACAAAUUGUAAAUAUGAACUCCUGUACUGUAGCGCUCUCUCUCUCUGGACGAAUAGCUCGGGGAUGACUUGUAUGACUAUGAGUAGUUCAGUUGUAAGUGUUGAGAAAGCUGAGUAUUCCUGUCAUGACCAUAGUUUUACUAAUAGCAUGUUUGAUAAAAUGGAAACAGGAUUGAAGCAGAUGGUCUUAUUUUAUU